AACCAAAUACUCCCGAAUUCGGACAGCCAUGGCCGUCGCAUUGGAGCUCCGGACGCCGCUGUACCUGACGUCGGCUUAGGGUGACGGAAUUCCGUUCUUAAAUCGUACUCCUGCAUUGCGGAUUUUUUAAAGUCUCUCAAGAUCUUCGUACUGUGUCUGUCAAUGAGUUCGAUUCCAGUGAGGCUAGGUUUUAGCAAGCCAAACCUUGCUUUGAAGGAAGAGUUUGAUAUGGAGCGGAAGGGUUUUGAUUUGAAUGAAAAAGGGAGUCCAGGUGAGUUUUCUGAGUCUGAUGAAGGGCAGCUGGUGUCUUCUUGUAAAGAAGGAGCUGCUGUUGAGAAGCCAGAAGAAAAUGGGGAAUGCAGGGAGGAAGCUGAGGGUAAAGCUGUUCAGUUGGUUGAGAAUGGGAGUAAAAGAAGUAGGGUAGAGAGCAGUGAAGACAAGGAAGACGUUGAAAGCAUAAGUAAGAGGCUGAAACGGGAAGGCUUAGAUAGCAAGCUUCAGCUACCCGGUGCUGGUAGGGCUUUGCGCUCCAGAUUUGCAUUGAAAACUGGUAGUGAGAAGGAAGUUGAUCAGGGUGAGAGUGCAGAUAUUGUGGAUGGUAAAAAGACAGAUACUGAUGGGGAUGUGAAGAAAAUGACGGAGAUAGAAAAGGAAGAGAUUGAUAACUCUGGAAAAGUGACGGAGGUGAAACGAAGGCGUGGGAGACCACCCAAGGUGCAGGUUAAUGAGUCUAAGGAAGUUGAUCAGUGCGAGAGUGCAGAUGUUGUGGAUGGUAAAAAGACAGAUGAUAAUGUGGAUGGGAAGAAAACAAUGGAGAAGAAACAGGAAGAGAUUGGUAACUCUGGUGAGGUGAUAGUGGUGAAACGAAAGCGUGGGAGACCACCCAAGGUGCAGGUUAAUGAAUCUAAGGAAGUUGAUCAGGGUGCGAGCGCUGAUGAUGUGGAUGGGAAAAAAACAGAUUGUAAUGUGGAUGUGAAGAAAUCAGUUUCUGUUCAGGAGAGUGAUCACUUUCAUGACGAGGCUACAAAGGAGGUGAAGCAUCAACCUGGAAUGCAACCCUUCAAGCGCAAGCGUGGUAGACCACCCAAGGUGAAGGAGAGUGAUGGUUUUGAGAAGAAAAAGGUUGUGCUAGAAAGGGAAAGGAACAAUGACAGGUUCACAAAUAAUGAGAUUGAGGAGGAGUUGGAAGGGAGCAAUAAGCACAACCGUGGGAGAUCAAAUGCGGUGCAGUUGAAUGAGAUGUCUCCAAAGAAAUCAGUUAAUGUUGAGGAAGGUGAUUACUUAGAUGAUGAGGUCGGGAAAGCAGUGCAGCAUGAAUGUGGAAGACCUCACUUGAAGCGUAAGCGUGGAAGACCACCCCUGAAGCGUAGGCCUGGGAGACCCCCCAAGGUGCAGCAGAGCAAUGGUUUUGAGAAGAAAAAGGUUGUGUUGGAAAGUGAAAGGGGUGAUCACUCAAAUGUUAUGGCAGGGAAAGGCAUAAUUCAUAAGCGUGGGAGACCACGCAAGGUGCAUGGAAGUUGGGGAGUUUUGAAAGGGAAGCUUAAUGAGGUAAAGUCUGGUCCGUUAAGAGACGGCAAAGUGGAUUCAAAAUUGAGGAAUAGUUUGAAGCAGAGUGACAGUGAGCGAACUCAUACGAAAUACUCCAAAAAGGUUAACUUCAGUGACUUGGAAAGGGGUAAUAAUGAGGCUUUGCAGAGUUUUAAAGGGGAAAGAUCAGCAGCAAAACAGGCAAUGAGAGAUCGAAUAAUAAAGCUACUUUUGGCUGCAGGUUGGACAAUUGAUUAUCGGCCCCGGUCUGGCAGAGAUUACAAUGAUGCAGUGUAUGUUAAUCCUUCCGGGAAAACACACUGGUCAGUCACCUUGGCUUACCAAGUGCUAAAGGAAAGUUGUGAAAGUAGUAAUGCUGACUCUAAGACUAGUGAUUUCACAUUUACUCCAAUCCCAGAGGAGGAACUCAGCAUCCUUAAAAAGGUAAUGACUAAAAAAAGGGUGGGAAAGAAGAAGAAGAAGAAAUUGAAGGGAAAAGAGAAAGAUGAGAAUACAGACAGUGAAGGAGAGUUUGAAAAGAAAAAACGAAAACAAAAAUGGAAGUUGAAGCCAAAGCGGAGGUAUGAUGGAAGGGAAAAUGGAAAGAAAAGGAAGAAACAAAAAAGGAAAUUUCAGCAAAAUGGGGAGGAGGAAUCGGAUGAUUCAGCUGGUACAUCAAAUAAGGCAAUGUUGUUAUCAGGCAGGAAGUAUAAGCGGAAGGAAACACAAAAUAGAAAGCGAUGUGCUCUGUUGGUUCGCAACUCCAUGGAUGGAGCCGAAUCUAGCAAUGAUGGCUAUGUUCUAUAUGAUGGUAGGCGAACGGUGCUUGCCUGGAUGAUUGAUUUGGGUACCGUAGCAGUUGAUGACAAGGUGCAGUAUGUGAACCAAGGGACACAGGCACUUUGCGAGGGUAGGAUAACCAGAGAUGGCAUCUUGUGUGACUGCUGCAAUGAGAUGUUCAUUGUUGAAAAAUUUGAGUCACAUUCCGGGAGCAAACUCAAUGAACCAUUUCAGAACAUAUGUUUACUGAAUGGAAAAUCCCUGUUAGAAUGCAUGUAUGACUCCUGGAAUAAACAGGAGGAAUCCAAGCAUAAGGGGUUCCAUUUUGUAGAUGUUGAUGGUGAAGACCCAAACGAUGAUACAUGUGGUAUCUGUGGAGAUGGUGGUGAUUUGAUCUGUUGUGACAGUUGCCCAUCAACAUUCCAUCAAAGCUGCUUAGAUGUAAAUAAGUUUCCUUCAGGUGACUGGCACUGCAUUUACUGUACGUGUAAAUAUUGUGGAAUGGUUGGUGAGAAAAUGAAUCGAAAUGACAGUGAGGAGGAUAAGGCUUUAUCUGCGUUAUUUACUUGCUGUUUAUGUGAAGAAAAAUAUCACCGAUUAUGCAUUAUGAAGGAUGCUGUAAGUGAUGAUCCUGAUAGACCGUCCUUUUGUGGAAAGAAAUGCCAAGAGUUAUUUGAGAGACUGCAGAUGCUUGUUGGGGUUAAACAUGAAUUAGAGGAAGGUUUCUCAUGGACUCUCACCCAUCGCUUUGAUGUCAGUCCUGGUGUUUCUCUCAAUGAUUCGUCUCAGAAGGUUGAAUCCAAUUCAAGGCUAGCUGUUGCAUUGUCUGUUAUGGAUGAGUGCUUUUUGCCCCUAGUCGACCACAAAAGUGGUAUCAAUCUGAUUCGUAACAUUGUCUAUAAUUUUGGGUCAAACUUUAACAGGCUUAACUACAGUGGUUUUUUAACUGCAAUUCUGGAAAGGGGUGACGAGAUUACUGCUGCAGCAUCAAUUAGGAUCCAUGGCAACCAAUUAGCUGAGAUGCCGUUUAUUGGGACUCGCUAUGUGUGUAGGCGCCAAGGAAUGUGCCGUCUGCUUCUUCAUGCAAUUGAAUCUGCGCUGCACUCUCUGAAGGUUGAGAAAUUGGUCAUACCUGCAGUCCUUGAACUAAGAGAAACUUGGACUUCAGUCUUUGGUUUCAAGCCACUAGAUGCAUCAAGCCGGCAAAAAAUGAAGAACAUGAAUAUCUUAGUCUUUCCGGGCAUAGAUAUGUUACAGAAACCAUUGCUUAUGAAUCAAUUUACUGAGGAAAAUAUGAUUUGUUCUGAAGGUGUGAAGUCCAGUAAACUUAGCGCGCGUCAAAUCAUAGAUGAGAGGCCUGAUAACUCUGGUGAAUGGUGUUCAGCUGCAUCUGAUUUGAGUGUUUCUGAUGAGGGUACUGCUAGUGCUUUCUAUGUUCCUGCUCCUGAUGGAAGCACGGUGGAUUUGGACUCUGGAUUAAGCAAAGCAUCUGAGGUGGAAUUGCAUGGGAGCAAUGUUAAGGAUGACACCAAUUCUAAUCACAAAGUGGAAGCUUUUGCACAUGAAUUAAAAGAUCCCCUUUAUCAUUUAGGUGGGAGUGGGAUUGCUCCUCCCGGUCAUAGAGAUGUUCAUCCUUGUGGGAUUCCUGAUAUUGCCAUUGAAAAAGCAGAUUCCCAGCCUCUCAUGAAUACCGGAGUUUCUAAGCCCACAGAGCUUACCAAAGAUUCUUGUGAGGUUGCUCUGGAUGACAGCCAUGAUUCUAAAGCAACAAUUCCUGCACCACAGACUGUCUCCUCUGUUGCAAAACAAAUUCUUAAUGGAGCUGAGCACCUGAAAUCUGCACCGCAGGAUGAUAACAUUCGUAGCAUGCAGUGUGCUUCUGAAACUUUAUGUGAGUUGAACCCUGCAUCAGGGGUGCCUCUUCACUGUGCUUCCAAUGAAGGUAAAUCAUGCAGUCCUGAGGUAGUAGUUUUAUCUAACAAGGCUAGAUAAUUUCCUUUUGUCCAUUCCAGUAUAGAACAGGCUUCUUUUUGAUGGCUGCCAUGUACUAGGAUACCAAGGUGCACAGUGUUGUCUUGCCCCUUAACUGGUGAAAACUAAUGAAAGCAUCGCCAUUUUGAGUGGUUUCAGGGGUAUAUAAUGUAAUUUUGUAGCUAUGAAGAGCAUUGAAGUCGAUCUCCAGUUUACCUUUAGCCUGAUGCCACCAUUGAGGUUUGUAAAUUUUGACUACCAAAGUGCACAUUGAAAAUAGGAAGCAGUUACGGCUUAAGUAAGAAUAUAAGCCUUUUUCUCUC